UGGGUUUUAAAACAAUAAGCUGAUAAAGCCUAAAACCCUUUGCCUUAGGGUUUUUCGCACCUCAUUCCAUCCUGCUGAAAAAUGUUGACCAGAAAAAAAGAACUGUAGCUGCACAUUUCUUGCCAGGUUGAAUUGAUAUAGAAGCACAUCCUUGAGAAGAUCAAUGUCUUAGAACACAGAAAAGGGUAUCGAAGUUAUCUGAAAUGUUUGCCCAACUCAAUCAUCUUCAAAUUUUAACUCCUGUUGUUUGUGAAAGAGCUACUGCACUCCAAAAGGACCAAAACCUUCCACCUGUUUUGCUUAGAAUUCGAUGCUUUGGAAGUUCUAGACUUACCCAUUAUCCCAAAGUCUCUCUCACUGCGUCCACACAGUCUCCCAAUUCUUCUUUAACUAACCGGGUUUCUCGGCUUGCCAGAAACGAAGCUCAAGAUGCACUUUUUGAUUACCUGCAUUCUACUAGAAGCUUUUGCUUCACCGAUGCUGAGUACAUCAGCAAGAAUUCCCCUCAUUUUAUUCAGAAUCUGCUCUCCAAGAUUGACACUGAGAAAGAUGUUGCUCAUUCAUUAACCAAAUUCCUUCGGUACAACCCGAUUAACGAGUUCGAGCCAUUUUUCGAGAGCUUGGGUCUGAGCCCUUCUGAGCUUCCGUUUCUUCUCCCUCGGCAUUUGAUGUUUCUGAGGGACGAUCAAGUUUUGCUUGAUAACUUUCAUGUUCUAUGUGAUUAUGGAAUUCCACGCAGUAAGAUUGGUAAAAUGUACAAGGAAGCAAGAGAGAUAUUUGGGUAUGACUUUGGAGUGAUGUCUUCAAAACUUCAGGCUUAUGAAAAUUUGGGUUUGAGCAAACCCACAGUAAUUAAGCUGGUAAGUUCCUGCCCGUUGCUUUUGAUUGGUGGUCUUAACUGUGAGUUGGUUGAGGUUCUUCAAAAAUUGAAGGCAUUAGGAAUUGGAAAUGAUUGGAUUCGGGGGUAUGUGACAGGUGAUAGCAUGUACAACUGGGGCAGAAUGCUUGACACGAUGAAUUUUCUUGAAAAAGUGGGUUAUAGUGAGGAAAAGAUGUGCAGUUUGUUUAAAGCAAAUCCAGCAUUACUCUUCGAAGGUUCUGGGAAAAGGGUGUAUAUAUUAUUUGGCAGGCUACUCAAAUUGGGUCUCAAGACUAAUGAAGUCUAUUGUUUGUUUAAGCAAAAUCCUCAAAUCUUGUCAAGUAAGUAUUCAAGAAACCUUUUGCAGGCAGUCGAUUUUUUGCUUGAGAUUGGAAUGUGGAUAGAAGAUAUAGCAGACAUCGUGAUUAACCAUACAGAAUUUUUGGGUUCGUGUACUCUGAAACGACCCAGAAGUGUUUGCAAAGACCUGAAGGUUGAGAAAGAUGGUCUAUGUGAAAUUAUUAAGGAAGACCCACUUAAGCUGUUAAGACUGGCAUCUAAAUCGAAAAAUAAAAUCAGUGAAAAGGUACCUUGCACAGAUCUAAGUAAACACAGGGAGAAAACAUCAUUUUUGCUGAGAUUGGGAUAUAUUGAAAACUCUGAUGAGAUGACAAAAGCUUUGAAACUAUUUAGGGGCAGAGGGGACCAACUACAGGAGAGGUUUGAUUCCCUUGUGCAGGCUGGUUUGGACUACAAUAUUGUGAUAAACAUAGUUAGACAAGCUCCUACUGUCCUAAACCAGAGCAAAGAUGUGAUUGAAAAGAAGAUUGAUUGCUUAAAAAACUGUUUAGGUUAUCCUCUAGAAUCUGUGGUAGCAUUCCCAGCUUAUUUGUGUUAUGAUUUGGGAAGGAUUAAUCUUCGAUUCUCGAUGUAUGCAUGGCUGAGAGAGAGAGGAGUAGCAAAGCCUACUUUGUCAUUGAGCACUCUCCUUGCAUGUUCAGAUGCUCGAUUUGUAAGAUAUUUUGUAGAUGUCCAUCCUGAAGGUCCUGUAAUGUGGGAAAGUCUUAAAAAUCAGUUAAUAUAAAUAUUUUCUAAUAUAUAUAGAUUGACAUUACUAA